AUGGUUGAAUACAUCCCGGCGCCCGAUCCGCGUUCACUGUUGCCUCCGCUCCUCGCUUGUCUCCCUGCUGGCUUUGCUUCACCGCGACCUCCUCCGCCGCUCAUUCCUCUUCUCUCGCCCAUCCUUCGACAGCGCAUUCAGCUCCUCAGUUCCGUGUCCCCAUCGUCUUCAGAUUCUUGGCUCCGCUUACUCUGUUGGAAUCCCGAACGAGGUCAAGAACUUGAGCGAAUAGUUGGAGAAACCACAUUUGAACCGCACCCCGUCUCCGACGUAUCGAUUCUGAAACGUUACGGGGCAUGUUUCCUAUUGGCGGAAUACAACCUCGCGGUCGUCUAUGUUUGGUGUCCUGGCGACCGGGAGGGUGGCGAUCCAGGAUGGAGAGUAACGGAGGUUCUCCCGCUUCGGUCUCCGCAGGGUGAAGAAGCCCAUACGUGGGCUAGCUCUAUCACGGAAGCGAACGAGGUGCGGGAACCUAUACUGCAUGAAGCCUUGGCAGACGCAGAACACGAAGCCGGGCAGAGCAACGGAGUCGAUGGUCCUGAUGACAAUGACGACGAUGAUUAUUGGGCACAGUACGACGAUAAUCUCGGGAGGACGCCAGUGCGGAAUGCCUCCCCCCACUUAGCGCAUUCUCGCGUCGACGUGAACAAGCAGCCACAGGAAGCGUCGGACGCCUCGUACUACGGCCGCUACGACGAGGUUCAACCGGCAAUGGAUCAUGAUGAUCCAUCUGUGGACCGAAGCGGCAUUGGAAGUUCGUCGCUGGACGGCGAGGCAGUUUCUCGGAUCCUCAGACAGCAAAUGGAACACAUUGUCCGUAGAGAUGGGCGGCCAAGAACGCCGCCACCAGACGUAGACGCUUGUGCCAGCUCGCUCAACCACCCGCGGCCGGAAUCAGCAUCCUCUCGAGGAUCCGAUGCCGUUCUGAGGCUGGAGCAGACGGCAGAGAACCAAUCGUUAUCGGAAAUGGGGGUCCGCGACUACAUCUCGUCCAGCAUUAGAAACCUGCAUCAACUGGCGAGAACCACUGGAAUUUCUGGGGACGAGUUUGGCAAUCUUGUCCGAAACGAAUUGGAUCUGCUGGAAUGA